UUGCGUUGCGUUGCGUUGCGUUGAGAAAUUUCUAAUAUCUCGUCUUUCAGAUUCCCAAUAGGCUUGAGCCUUUUUGUUUUUUGUUUUUUGCCCAGCCAGCUUUCCCAUCACGCGUGCUUCGUCGAUUCUUUCUUCUGUCUUUCUAAACCACUGCCGAAGCCGAACUCUGAAACCGGAGCCAUGGCCAGCCCGAUUCUGAAGCCACCCGAGCACCAGGUGGCGGGCCACAGCGCCAAGGACGGCAAGCUCGGCCCCCUGGUCGACGGCCGUGGCCUCUUCUACAAGCCCCUCCAGGGAGACGGCCGCGGUGACUCCGAGCUCUCCUUCUACGCCGCCUUCUUCUCCCACCCUGCCGUCCCUCCCGCCAUCCGUUCCUUCUUUCCGGGCUUCCAUGGCACCCACUUCCUUCCAUCCUCCGACGGCUCCGGCCCUCGCCCCCACCUCGCCCUCGAUGACCUCCUCCCCGCCUUCCGCUCACCCUCCAUCAUCGACCUCAAGAUCGGAGCCUGCACCUGGCCCCCUGACUCCCCCGACGACUAUUUCCGUAAGUGCAUCGCCAGGGAUCGUGAGAGCGCCAGCCCCACCCUCGGCUUCCGCGUCUCCGGCGUCCAGAUCCAGAAUCCGGGAGUGGGCGCUGAUUCCUUCUGGCGCCCGCUUAGAUCCCGCGUCAGGGUUUACUCCGUGGAGGAGACGCGGCGGGUCCUGAGGCAGUUUGUCUCCAGAAAUUCGCCUUCGACGGACGAGAAGCUCGAUUGUGACCUCGCGUCCGUCGUCUACGGUGCCGCGGAUGGCGUCCUAGCGCAGCUGCAAGAGAUCAAAGCGUGGUUUGAGGAGCAGACGAUCUUCCACUUCUACUCCACCUCCAUCUUGCUGAUCUACGAGAAGGAUGCGGCGGCUGCGGCCGUCGGGAGAUCCUCUGGUGUUAGGGUGAAGCUUGUGGAUUUUGCUCAUGUGGUGGAGGGAAAUGGAAUCAUAGAUCACAAUUUCCUCGGGGGGUUGUCCUCCUUGAUCAAGUUACUUUUUGAGGUGAUCACGGAUCCUGAAGGUGAUGGCUGGAAAGCCAGCAAGGUUCAUCUCAGUUGCAAUAAUGGGAGCUUGGAGAGCAAUGCCAGUGUCUUGCCAUCAACUUAGACGCCAUUGAUCUCCUCCUGAGAAUAAAAUUGGUGCACCUUAGGCUCCCUAUUUAAUUCUAUUAUAAGGCUGUAUUAGUUUUGUUCAGUACACGUUCUAUGUGGAUCAGUAUGAAUUCAGUUAAUUGACCUUUCGUCUUCUAGGCUUGUUUUUUGCUCAGCUAAUGUGAGUUUGCAUUAUUAAAUUGGAACACUUUCGAAGCUUGUUUUU